CUUUAAUCUUCUUUCAGUUCUUCUCUUUCCUUGUCUUUUCCCUUCGUCCAUUUCGUUCUCCACGCAGGCUUCAUUUCUCUCCGCUCCUCCGUUCUUUGAGGAGAGCGCCGGCGCGUGCACAGGUCUCCCUUUUUUUUUUUUUUUUUUGAUGUGCUUGGGGUUUUUUGGACGUCCUUCUGUUGUUUUUCGUUGGUUGGCGAUGGCGUUGGUGAUCAUACGACGAGUUCUUCGUGCCAGCUUGGCUUAAGCAUCUCUCUAGUGGCGCUUCCAUUCUUGAUUGGUUGGAACAGGAGGAAAAUUUUCCAGUCCUGAUAUUCCAUUAUCAUGGCUCUUGCCCUAGGCUUAUACAUGGAGUGUACUGGUUAUGUUAUGGGCUGCCCAAGUAAGAGCAAGAAGAACCAGAUGUUCAUGAGCGUACUAAUUUUGUGAUCUACUAUUGGAAUGGUAUUAUGGAUGAUGGUUGUAUUUGUUCCAACUGUAAUUUAAGUGUCCUCAAUGUUCAGCUGAAAGUGCUUUCUUCUGGCUUCAUCAACAACUUUGUUUUUGUCAUCCAAAUUUUAAAAGUUAAUACAUGGUUUGGAUAUUGUGAUCCAAACAGAAAAGCUGGUUUUUAAAACUGGGUUUAGAAAACCAGGUUUCUUCGUAACUAGGUUUUAAGGAGUGUCAUCCAUAUGCCCCUUUUAAGUGCACGAUGCAAUACUCUUUUUUUUUUUUUCUUCCAAACGAAAACCACGUUUCAAAAAUCUGAAAACUUGGUUUUUGGCAGUUGCAUCCAAACACAUGAAGCAGGCUUUCGUUAAAGAAAUUGGUUUUCACAUAAACACAUAAACCAGCUCAUGAUCGAAGUUCCGUCCUCUCCCCUCUUUCGCCUCCUCCCCAGUCGGUGUGUCCUUUCGAUUUUCGAUGAAAAUGGGCUGAGGGAUUCUCCUUCCUUAAUCAGAGAAAAAAUCUACGAACAACAGUGUACAGACAACAAAAUGGAGAAGCAGAACCCAGUUGGGCUGCCCUUGAUCAGUGUUUCCAAGGAGGCACUCCUUGAUCAGUGUUUCCAAGCAGCGAUGGCGGAGAAGACACUGGCAAUGCUUCUGUUAAUAUUGUCCACGGCAGCCGGCAUGUUCCUUCUAAACGACCUCCAAAACAGCGCUGCAGCAAUGACAGAUCCUCAAUUUUUCCGGUACUUCACGCUGAUCCUUCUUGGCGUCCAAGUUGCGUGGGUUGCCUCGGCGGUCGUGGUCUUUUUAGGGGAUCGGCUGACGGAAACGACAGUCAAGGCCUGCAUUUCGAUCUCAACCGUCUCUCUUGCCUCUGUGGUCCUGGCUUUGGCGAUUUCUGGCUUGCAGGGCAACCUUGUCCCCAAUUUCAUCAGCCAGCCGGGUCAUCUUAAUUUUGGUUGUCGUUCCGUGCCUUCUUCGUAUGUGGUCAUGCAUUGUGGGGAGGAACCAUGCUGCCAUACUUCUGACUGCUAUAUGCGUCCAACGAUGUCUAGAUUGAACUCUAGCACCGUCUGCGUGUAAUCCAACCACUUCAUUGGGUGUCUUAGUGGUCGUGUCUUGCGGACCUCCGUCUACGUCUAUAGUUUCUGAGCAUGCAAAACCAAUUCCCACAACCAAGUGCAAUCUCCGCGCUUGGUUUAAAGCAAAGCCGGUUAGUCUGCUUUGUAGGAAGGCCAGAGCUGCCAUGGCUAUGGACAAUUAUUUGGUUUUGAUUUCCUUCCAUUUUCUUUCGGCAAAGUUCCUUAAGAACUUGCUCCAGUUUGGUUGGGCUUAUAAGCUCUGGACGGUAAUAUCAUAAAAGUUUAGUCUUGUGUCUAAUGUUGUGAAGAAUCUUGAGAAACUUAUGAAAA